UUUAAUUUUAUUAUGUUAAUUGAUUUUCUCUUUCAAUUCUAUCGACCCGACCGUCCGAAAAGCUUUUAUACAAUCAACUACCAAAAUAUCAAAUUGGAUUCCUUACUGGUCGUCUUCCUUCCACUUCUUCUACUUCUCCCCUCCGUCGCGACUUUCGGGUGACGGGAUCCGGCGGUUCAUGGCGGCCGCUAAGUUUCUGGUUUUCUCGCUCUUCCUCGCCCUAGUUCUCACCACUGCUUGGGCGGACGCCUCGGCCGAUAGCGACGGCGAUGUUGCUGCGCCGGUGAGUCAAGUCACUGGAUCUAAAGACCUCGAGACAUCCGCUCUGAAGAUCGAACUCGACCAGCUCACGUCCAAGAUCCAAUCCCUUGAGUCCAAGAUCAGUAAGAAGACAAGGGAAUUGAAAGCGAAAGAUGAGAAAUUGGCUGAGAAGGAGAAACUCAUCAAAGAUAAAGCAGAUAUCGUUGGGUCCCUGCUGAGUGAAAUAUCCUCUCUUCAGAAAAGAGGGAAGUUGGAUGAUGCUGAACAGCUGAACAAGGCCAAUGCACGAGCUGCAGAGUUGCAGAAGCAGUUUGAGAAACUUAAAAAUGAAUUUGAAGCACAAAAUGCUGAGAAAGAGGCUCUGGGUACCAAAGCUAGUGAAGGUGAAAGGAAGGUUGAUGAGUUGAACUUGAAACUAAAGAAUCUUCAGAAGAUCAGUGAUGAGCAAAUGAGCAAAAUCCGCAAAACAGAGCGUGCUCUUAAAGUUGCUGAGGAAGAAAUGCUGAAGGCAAAAUUAGAGGUCAGCUCGAGAACUAAAGAGUUGAUGGAGGUUCACGGUGCCUGGCUUCCUCCAUGGCUUGCUGUGCAAUUAGUUCGUUUCCAGUCGUUGGCACAGAAGCAUUGGAAUGUCCAUGGCAAGCCUAGACUGGAAUUAGUCAUCCAAAAGGCCCAAGAAAACAAGGUUAAGGCUGCAAAGUGGGCUGAGCCACACCUAGAGACAGUUAAAACUAAAUGGAUCCCAACUGUGAAGGAUCAGUGGGUGGUGGUAACAACUCAGGCUGAACCUCAUGUGCGGUCAUUGUGUGCAAAAAGUGUGGAAGCUUAUGAGACCUCAAAGACUGCAGUUACUGUUCACUUAGUUCGAGUACAAGAGAUUGUGGACCCUUACUUUCAGGAGGCUAAGAAGUUCAGUAAGCCAUAUAUUGAUCAAGUUGCCACCAUUACUAAACCCCAUGUCGACAAAAUUAGGGUCGUCGUGAAACCUUACACAAAGAAAGCAGUUCGGGCAUAUGGGAAGUUCCUGGAGUCGGCCACUACCUAUCAUCAUCAGGUGCAAGAAACUGUUCAAGAUACCCUGAAAAGGCAUGAAUUGACAGAAACCCUUGCAACGAAAGAAUUCGUCUGGUUUGUGGUAUGCAUCAGCAAUAUUGGCCCUGCCUAUCAUUCUCCUGUCCAGAGUCUGUUCAGCUGUUUUCUGGUUGUAAGAAAUCAAAGAGACCAGCUAGAAGUGCCCAUUCCAGCCACUCCAGGCGGAAGGGUAAAAGGGCCCAUGCAGAAAAGUGAAAUAGCUGAAGGUCGUGUUUGGUGCCUUCCAUCAUGGCGCGUUCGAGAUGGCACUAGUGGUCUUCAUGGCUAGUUUCGUUUUUAGGGGGUAUAUUCUUCAAGCUCGUGUGCGAAAAUUCGAGAUUGGUUCGAGGCUCUGGAGCUCCUCCUUCAGUUUUUAUCUUUGUUGCCGAUGCCAGUAGUCUGUGAGAAAGUGUAGAAGAACGAACACUCCAGUUUCAACACAAUAGAUGCUGCAGUUCUUUUGUACCGAGAAGAUUUAGAGAGAGAUGUAUUUUAUGGGGUUAGAGAUGUAGUUAUCACUCAGUGUCACACAUUGUAUUUCUUUCUUUGCACGGAAAAGGUCAUAUUUCAUUCACUUAAGUCGAAAAUAGCUUCAAACGUGCUGUGGUAAUCAUGGACUCUCAUUAUGUUCACGAACGAAAAUUUUACUCCUUUUACUGGCUUUUCCAUGUCUUCGGAGAUGCUAAAUGU